GAUUUGAAACAAAAUUUCUUGGUGAUAAAUUAAAUCUACUUAAAAUUAAAGGUGUUAAUGAAGAAAAUAUAAAAUUAUCAUUUUCAAAAGUUAAUGAAAAAUUAAUUUUACCAAUAUUAGAAAUAGAAAAUGUUAAAAGUAAAAGUCGAAGAUUUUUCCAUGGUUAUGAAACAGAAUCUCAAUUAUUUACAGAUUUAAAAUGGCAUAAAAUGAAUAUGUCAAUUUCAAAUGAAUUUAUGGAAAUUUGGCUUGACUGUGAUAUUGUUUAUAAGAAAUUGGUUCAACGAGAAGAUCAAUUAACCUUAUUAAAAUUAUUUGAGAAAAGUAUAAUGGUAUUUUUUUCAUUUUUUGAAGAUGACACCAAAUUUGUGAUGAUGGAAUUAAAAAAAUAUGAAAUUAUGAAACAAAAACUUCCAGAAAGUUUAGAUGGUGAAUCAUGUGAUAUACCAAAAUCUACAAUAAAUAAAAAUGUUGUUUCACCAUUGGAAUUAACCCCAAUUUUUGGUAGAAAAUAUGAACAAAAUAUUCCUGCAAAUACUGCAACUACAAACAAUAAAGAAAAUGAUAAACCAAAAGAUGAUGCAAUUUUUUAUCGAUUUAAUAAUCCUGUUGAACGUUUUGUUAAAAUACCAGAAUCAUUUACUGAAAAAUCAGAUUCAAAGAAUUUUGUAUUUGAAAUCAUUUUUCGGCAUAAAGGCAAUAUUGAAGGUCAAAUGACUCUAUUACAAUUAAGAAAUGAUAAAGAUGAUGAUUUACAAUCAAUUAAUAUUAAUUCUGGUAAAAUUAUUACAUAUAUUUGGAAUUCAAAAAAUGGUUAUCAAGAUGCUAGAGCAAUUAUUAAAGAUGUUGAUAUUUAUGAUGGAAAUUGGCAUCGUCUUCAAAUUGAAUUAAUUGUUAAAAAAGAAUCAUCUUCUAUAUGGCAAAAAAUUCGUGGAAAAGACAAUUAUAGUAAAAAAAUUAAAUUCUACUUAGACUGUGAAUUAAUUGGAGAAGAUACAUUGACUGAUACAUUACCAUUUAAUACUGUACAACAAACUGGUGUUUUUUUCAAAAAUAGUUUAGCAAAUACAUUUGCUGAUUUUGAUGUAAAAUCAUUACAGAUGAAGGAUAAUUAUGAGCAGAUCUCAUGUAUAAAAGUUCACUAAUAUACAAUAAAGAUUAAUAUUGAUGGUGGACAAAGGAAUGAAAAUAACCAAAUAAAUUGGCAUUAAAAUUUCAUUUUUAAAAA